AGGUGUCUUCCAAGUCAGCUGUGGGCGGUGUACAAUUACAACGGUGCUUGCGUUCGGGUGCUGGAAUUAAUGCAAUUUAAUUAAAUUAGAGCACUGGACAUGUAGCGCAGCUGGCCAAGCAGGCGAACAUGAAAGAAGUGGGCAUCGCUCUGCCCAAGUCGCGGGGCGUUGGAGUGGGAGUUCUGGCAUCCUUUCUGCUGUGCUUCAUUUUCUACUACUUCUACGGGGGUUACAUGACGUUGGUGCUCUUCGCUGGAAUCAUCCUGCUGAUAUUCUACUAUGCCCAGGACCUUUUGCUCUACCACCCGGACCUGCCAGCAAACUCCCGUAUUUACAUACCCAUUCCCACGAUGCACAACCUGCCGCACAUCACGGUCAGCAUCAAAACCCCGGACAAUGUCACGCUGCACGCCUUCUGGAUUAGCCAGCCGGAGGAGCGCUCCAAGUCGGUGCCCACGCUGCUCUACUUCCAUGGCAACGCUGGCAACAUGGGCCACCGCAUGCAGAACGUCUGGGGCAUCUACCACCAUCUGCAUUGUAAUAUUUUAAUGGUGGAAUACCGAGGCUAUGGCCUUUCCACUGGAGUACCCACUGAAAGAGGUCUGGUUACGGACGCCAGAGCGGCCAUUGAUUACCUGCACACGCGCCACGACCUGGAUCACUCGCAACUGAUCCUCUUCGGACGCUCCCUGGGCGGAGCCGUGGUCGUUGACGUGGCCGCAGACACCGUCUAUGGACAGAAGCUAAUGUGCGCCAUUGUGGAGAACACCUUUAGCAGCAUACCCGAAAUGGCCGUGGAACUGGUGCACCCCUCUGUGAAGUAUAUACCAAAUCUAUUGUUUAAGAACAAGUAUCACUCCAUGAGCAAGAUAGGCAAGUGUUCGGUUCCCUUUCUGUUUAUAUCCGGCCUUGCGGACCAACUUGUGCCGCCGCGCAUGAUGCGUGGCCUGUAUACCAAAUGCGGCAGCGAGCUGAAGCGCCUGAUCGAGUUCCCUGGAGGAUCGCACAACGACACCUGGAUAGUGGACGGGUACUAUCAGGCCAUCGGAGGAUUUCUAGCCGAGCUACAGCAGCAGCCUUCGCCGCUUCUGAAGGCGCCGGAGAAGAGCAAUGUCUGGGUGGAGCUGGAGCAUAAAAUCAUUGAUGUAUAACUUCUAGACAUCAAGUGUUCAAUUGACUGUGUUAACACUGCGAAUGGUUUAAUACUUAUAUACACACACAUAAUAUUAAUCUGUA